AUGGGGAUGAGACUUCAAUUGCUCCGGGACCGAAGCAUCCCCUCACGUGGGCCAGGCUUUCACACACCCAAAGCGGAUGCACGGCGGUGAAAAGCAUUGACAACCAGCCUCAUGAAACAGGCAGAGACGCAGAAAGAGGCUGAGCAAAGACAAUCCGCCAUGCGAGAAACCGCUUUGUGGCGCACAGGGCACAUGCAGCCAAAGACACACACGCACACGGGCACGCACACACAAACCCACAGAGAGUGGGAAAGAAACACACAGAGACUGAGAGACAGAGAGAGAAGAGAGAAUGGGAGACACACACACAGACACAUACACACACACACACACACACACACACACACAGAGUCAUACAGCAGAGGCAUUGAAACACACACCCCCAGGCAACCCCUGAGGCUGCGGGGUUCUGCUCUGGAGGAGAACGACCCUCGGGUGAGAGAGCAGCCCAGGGGCACGCAGGCCUACCCGUCCUCGAGAUCACGGACGGCGGCAACACUUUUGGGGAGACUCACCCCAACCAACACCGUCCGUGCAGGCCUGAGGCUGGGAUCCCGUGCUGCUUCCCCGUCUCCGCCCUGGAGACAGAUGCCCUGCAGAUCCCCGCCCCGGUCAAGAGCAGGCUUCCAUCAGUUCUGUUUCCCAGCCUCUCCUCUGCUCAGGCUUCCAUAA